AUGCGAUCGUCCAUUCCUUACGUUUUGAGCCUCCUCGGAGCGGCAUCGGCCGCUUCUUCUGCCUACGCCGAUACAACGAACUCAAAUGUCGUGUCCUUAACCGAGAACACCUUCCAUGAAUAUGUUGAGAGUCAUGAACUAGUGAUGGCUUAUUUCUACUCGCCGCAUUGUGGUCAUUGUAAGAAAUUUGCUCCUAACUAUGAGGAAGCCGCAAAGAUACUGGAGAAUGAGAAUGUUUCUCUGGUCAAGAUCGACUGUACUACAGAAAUGGAUAUCUGUUAUAAGGAGUACUAUAUUACUGCCUGGCCUACUUUGAUGUUACUAAGUGGCCCCGAGCCAACUGAAAAAAUUCUUGGCUACCGUAAAACAGACUCGGUCGUCUCGAUUGUUAUGGACGUGCUGGGUUCCGAUGGAGGCGAGACGGAGUCAUAUGGCCAAUUGCAUGGCCAGACUCCUCUCAGGGCUGAAGGGACUGAGUAA